AUGGUGAAGAUUUGCUGUUAUCUCCUCCUCUUAAGUUUGCUCAACGGGCAACUCAACGCCAACCCUGGACUCAGAGUGAGGAUCACUCAGAAGGGGUUGGAAUAUGCCAAGGAGAUUGGGCUGGAAAUCCUGAAGCAGAAUAUGGUGAAGGAGCGUUUUCCUGAUUUGAGUGGCCAUGAGAAAUAUGGGCUUGGUAAUGUCAAAUACAACAUCUCAGGUAUACACGUCACUGCUGUUGAAUUCCCCAGAGCCUCCAUCUCCCUCAUACCUGGGGCUGGGAUAAAACUGGUGAUUGGAAAUGCUUCUCUAACCAUCGAUACGAACUGGAACAUAAGGACCUGGAUAUUCAAAGACACUGGAAGAAGCACAGUUUACAUUUCAAAGGUGUUUGUUACUGCAAUCUUUUCAACGACCCUGGAUAACACAGGUCAUACGUCACUAUCACUUACCAGCUGCCGGACAACUUCUGGUGAGAUAGACAUCAAGUUGAAUGGAAAAAGUGGCUUCCUGCAUAACUUCUUUAUCAAGUAUCUGAAGAAGCCCAUUCACAGGAGCUUGGUCACUAAUUCAUGUCCCAACAUCAGAUCUGGGAUCCAGCUGAUUGAUGAAGACCUCCAAUCACUGAAUGUCCUGAUGCCAAUUGAUGAUUUGGCCAAAGUAGACUAUUCCUUGAGUAGCUUUCCAGCAGUGUUACGACCAUUCAUUAACCUGGACUUAAAGGGGACAGUCUACCCAUCUGGGAACCAUUCUGGCCCUUCCUAUGUGGCAGCUCCCUUUGUUAUCCCAGACCAAAGUGAUUCCAUGCUUUAUCUUGCCUUCUCUGAGUAUUUCUUUCAAACCUCCUCAUUUGCUUACUACACUGCAGGGGCCUUCAACAUCACCAUUGCAGAGGAGACUUGUAGCUAUUUUAAUAUAAGCACAGAGAUAUUUGGAAGUAUCAUUCCUGAGGUAGGGGAAUAUUCAGUUACACCCUACCCAGUGAUGUUGAAGCUAAUGGCUACUGAAAUACCUAUCGUCAGCUUACAGCAAGAUUCCUUCACAGUAGAGAUUCAGGGCUCCAUGGAGGUGUUUGCUGUUCUGCCAGACUCAUCCCCCCAGUCCUUGUUCACAAUAAACAUGGCAGCCAACACCAGCAUUGCUCCAAAUAUAUUUGAUCAGAAACUGAUGGGCUCACUGUGUUUGAACAGGCUCCAUUUCUCCCUGGCCCACUCCAAUGUUGGCUUUUUUGAGAUCUCACUUCUGGAGAACAUCCUGUCUUAUAUUUUACAGACUGAAGUUAUUCCAUCAGCUAACGCUAAACUGUCAAAAGGAUUCCCUCUUCCCAGCCUGGCCAAUAUCACCCUCAUGAGGCCUCACAUUACAAUUGUACAGGGGUACAUGUUGAUUUCUUCUGAUAUCCACUACAAACACUAAAGAGGAGAACAUUUUGUUAAGCAUGAACUUCAAAUCAGUGUUUCUCUGAAGGCUAAAAGCUCUCUCCUUCUCUGGAAAUGUGUAUCCUGAAUGUUGACAAGGGCAGUGUCAUUCUGGCUGGGGACAAGGAACAAUGUGGGAGGUAUAAAAAGCUGGUGAUUCCACCAUCAGCUGUGAAAUAUUAGGCUGUAUAAAGGUAGUAACAGGAAGACCCAGAAGAAAACUUAUGACAUUCUUAAUAAAUAAUGCUUGGCAUUAUUUAUUCUGGAGUUCAAU